GCGCCGGGUUCCAGCUCCCCCAGACCUCGCCCCGGCUCCGCAGGGCGCAGCCGGGCCUGGCGGGCGGGACCCCUCCUCUCUGCCUGCCCCGCCUCCUCCGGAUGCAGCCACCGACCCAUCGCUGGGACGUUGGGGACGUGGGCGCCCGGGGCUCCAGAGCUGCGGCGCCGUGGAGGCCACGCCCUCUCGGGCCCAGUAGCGCCCCAGGACCUGAGAGUGCCGUCCAGGGCCGAUGUCCCAGGUGAGCGGCCAAAGCCCCUCUCGCCACGACGCGCCCCAUGGAGCCCCCGGCGCAGUCACGGAGCCAGGCCAGUCCGCAUGGCUGGUACCUGAGCUGGAGGUAGGAACAGGACCCGCUGGUUCUGUGGGGGCAGCACCAGAGGAGGAAGAGGAGGGCUCCCUGGAGGAGGCGGCACCUCCCAUGCCCCAAGGAAAUGGCCCUGGGGCUCCACAGGCCCCGGACAGCACUGACCUCGAUGUCUCCACAGAAGCUGUGACAUGCCAGCCUCAGGGGAACCCGUUGGGCUGCACCCCACUACUGCCGAAUGGCUCCAGCCACCCCUCAGAGCUGGACAGUAACAGGCAGACGGGGAAUGGUGCUCUUGGGGGCCCCAAGGCCCACCGGAAGCUGCAGACGCACCCAUCUCUGGCCAGCCAGGGCAGCAAGAAGAGCAAGGGCAGCACGAAGUCCACCUCCUCCCAGAUCCCCCUGCAGGCGCAGGAAGACUGCUGCGUGCACUGCGUGCUGUCCUGCCUGUUCUGUGAGUUCCUGACCCUCUGCAACCUGGUCCUGGACUGCGCCACCUGCGGCUCCUGCGGCUCAGAGGACUCGUGCCUGUGCUGCUGCUGCUGCGGCUCUGGCGAGUGUGCCGACUGUGACCUGCCCUGUGACCUGGACUGCGGCAUCCUGGACGCGUGCUGCGAGUCAGCCGACUGCCUGGAGAUCUGCAUGGAGUGCUGCGGCCUUUGCUUCUCCUCCUGACCAGCGAGGGACACAGGGAUGGACGGACGCACGCCCGGGCCACCCAUCUCUCCCAGCCACCACCCUGGGACUUCCAGGGGGCUGUAGGGGGGAGGGUGGGGGGUACCAGGGCUGCGGAACACUGUGAACGUUGGGGAGGGGAGGGAGGGGGUCCAUGGGCUUCGCUACCUCUCUCUGGUGUCUCCUCUCAUGCUGCCCCAGCUGGAGGACAGCAAAAUGUGAAAAGAGCCCCUUCCCAGCCUGCCGAGCCCCAGUGGACCUUCCCUAACCCACGAAGUGACCAGGAGGCCAGGCCUGGGCCAGGACAGGAUGGGACAGCACAGCAAAGCCUGGAGGGGCAGGGGCAGGCACGGAGGAAGGGUCUGUUCUAUUUGUCAAUGUA